UGCGCGGAGGAGACGGAGUCCCGGGCAGCCGCUCGCUGGCCGCUGCAGGUCCUCCGUAAGUGUCCGGCGAAGGGACCUUUUCUCUGCUUCAACUUUCCCCGGGGCUCUGCGGCUGCGGGACAGACGCCCUCGCUCGCAGGGCGGCAGGAGAUGAGUCGACUUGUUUACUCUGCCUCCUCCUGUCUGCUCCCAGGCAGCGGGCUUGCAGAAGGGACUGUCUUCCGACUCCUCCUCGCUCUGGCUUCAAGUGUGUCUGGAUGUCAGCAGCUCGCAGGCAGCGGGUGUCCUCGGGACAGUUUAUAGGCUUGAAUGUGGGCUGAACCUUUCUGCCCAUCUGUGGCACUGUUGGCGUCGGUUCUCCCUUCCUGUCACCGCAGGGCUCUCCAAGUGGCCAGACAGCUCCUUCUCCAGCAGCAGCAGCAGCAGCAGCAGCAGCAGCAGCAGCAGCAGCAGCAGCAAGUCAGUGGGUUAAAAUCUCCCAAGAGGAAUGACAAACAACCAGCCCUUCAGGUGCCCGUGUCAGUGGCUAUGAUGACACCUCAAGUUAUCACUCCCCAGCAGAUGCAGCAGAUCCUCCAGCAGCAAGUCCUGAGCCCGCAGCAACUCCAGGUCCUCCUGCAGCAGCAGCAGGCCCUCAUGCUCCAGCAGCAGCAGCUUCAAGAGUUUUAUAAAAAACAACAGGAGCAGUUGCAGCUUCAACUUUUACAACAACAACAUGCUGGAAAACAGCCCAAAGAGCAGCAGCAGGUGGCCACCCAGCAGCUGGCCUUUCAGCAGCAGCUCUUGCAGAUGCAGCAGCUCCAGCAGCAGCACCUCCUGUCUCUGCAGCGCCAAGGCCUCCUCACGCUGCAGCCGGGCCAGCCCGCACUGCCCCUGCAGCCCCUCGCGCAAGGCAUGAUUCCAGCAGAACUGCAGCAGCUCUGGAAAGAAGUGACGAGCGCUCACACCGCGGAGGAGGCCACGGUCGGCAACCACAGUCUGGACCUGAGCACGACAUGCGUCUCCUCCUCUGCCCCCUCCAAGACCUCCUUAAUAAUGAACCCACAUGCCUCUACCAACGGACAGCUCUCGGUCCACACCCCCAAGAGGGAAAGUGUGCCCCAGGAGGAGCACCCCCAUAGCCAUCCUCUCUAUGGACAUGGUGUGUGCAAGUGGCCAGGCUGUGAAGCAGUGUGCGAAGACUUCCCAUCAUUUCUAAAACAUCUCAACAGUGAGCAUGCGCUGGACGAUAGAAGUACAGCUCAAUGUAGAGUACAAAUGCAGGUUGUUCAGCAGUUAGAGCUACAGCUUGCGAAAGACAAAGAACGCCUGCAAGCCAUGAUGACUCACCUCCACGUGAAGUCCACCGAGCCCAAAGCCGCCCCCCAGCCCCUGAAUCUGGUGUCAAGCGUCACCCUCUCUAAAUCUGCAUCGGAGGCUUCUCCACAGAGCUUACCUCAUACUCCCACCACCCCGACGGCCCCCAUCACUCCCGCCACCCAAGGCCCCUCCGUCAUCACCACCACCAGCAUGCACACGGUGGGACCCAUCCGCAGGCGGUACUCAGACAAAUACAACGUGCCCAUUUCUUCAGAUAUUGCGCAGAACCAAGAAUUUUAUAAGAACGCAGAAGUUAGACCACCAUUUACAUAUGCAUCUUUAAUUAGGCAGGCCAUUCUCGAGUCCCCAGAAAAGCAGCUGACACUGAAUGAAAUCUAUAACUGGUUCACACGGAUGUUUGCUUACUUCCGGCGCAAUGCGGCCACGUGGAAGAAUGCAGUGCGCCAUAAUCUUAGUCUUCACAAGUGUUUUGUGCGCGUAGAAAACGUUAAAGGGGCAGUGUGGACAGUGGAUGAAGUAGAGUUCCAAAAACGAAGGCCACAAAAGAUCAGUGGUAACCCUUCCCUCAUCAAAAACAUGCAGAGCGGCCACGCCUACUGCACCCCCCUCAACGCGGCGCUGCAGGCUUCGAUGGCCGAGAGCAGCAUACCUCUGUACACUACCGCCUCCAUGGGGACCCCCACGCUGGGCAGCCUGGCCAGCGCCAUGCGGGAGGAGCUGAACGGGGCCGUGGAGCACACCAACAGCACCGAGAGCGACAGCAGCCCCGGCAGGUCCCCCGUGCAGGCCGUGCACCCCGUGCAUGUCAAAGAGGAGCCCCUCGACCCCGAGGAAGCCGAAGGGCCGCUAUCCUUAGUGACAACAGCCAACCACAGUCCAGAUUUUGACCACGACAGAGAUUAUGAAGAUGAACCAGUAAAUGAGGACAUGGAAUGAACGUGUGCACAGGCCGACCCCAAGAAUGAAGAUUGAAAAAAAAAAACAAAACAUGUCAAAAGUUAGCAGUGAAAUUGUUCUCCAUUUGUUGUACAGUCUGGAGGAGUUUCACUACAUUUUGACAACUCUGAAAUGUGUUAACUCUUAGUGCCAUCAAGAAUCCCAUUUGGGAGUAUUUUUGAUUUUUCUACUUUUUGUUGAAAAAAGGAAUUUGUACUCUGUGCAUUGGAUGGACUUGUUUGGUACUUGGAAUUUUCCUCUCUUAACAGUCAACAUCUGUUGUAAAUUUGCUAAACUGAUUCACUUUUAGCAGCAGACUUUGAACUGCAGUCCUGCCGACGUUGGACCCCGAGGACACCCGACUGAGCAUGUGCACCUACGCUGCAGACCAAGCCUCUGCCCAGACUGGGGGUCCAGCGGACGGCCUGUUUGCACAGUACUGCAUGUCGAUUAUCACUGCCUUUGCUCCAUCUUUUUUUUUUUUUUUUUUUUUUUUUGCUUCCAGUUGGGAUGGGGAAGGCCUUUGUGUGUGUAUUGGGGGGAGGGGUUAAAAAUAAUUAUCCCAGACUUUUUAAUGUAUUGCUUUUUUUUUUUCUUGCUUCUACUAUACAUUUUAAGUUCUGACCUCAGGCCUCCACUUGGGCCCAUGGCCUCUUGGAGGCUUAAAGUUUUCUGUACCUUGUGAUGAAUGUUAAUAGGUGUUUUUAUUAUACAAAGCUGAAUGUCACUUCUUGUUUGUAGUUUUCUGUCACUCAUUCCAUUUUUCUUCAGACAUCACCAUGUUUUCUUGAAAGUCAGAAAACAUUCCGUUUUGGUCUUUUUCAAAAAGGUCCCAAAUGCUGCACUCUACACAUGAAGGUCCUCUCACCCAGAGUGGAGAUCUGCCGGAAAGAGAAUGAAUGACAGAAAAAAGUAGUCACCCUAGGAGCAGUGCAGAUUCAUCCCACGAAGCAGUAUUGGAGGUGUGAAGGGGUUGUUUCAGAUUUUCCUCUUUUCUUGUAGCUACCAUCAUUCUUAAUAAAUGCCUCAGAGUGUUACCAGCACACGGAAAUGUGGGCGGCACCCCCCAAAAUGUCUCAUAAUCGUUAGACAGUCUAGCUGUUGAAGGCUCCCCUUUGGGGGGCCACUGGGAUGAGCCGUGUUAAACCGGGGGGCUGCUUUGCUUGCGAAGUGGCCGGGAAGCUGGCUCCCCUGAGUGAAGGAGGUGGUGGUGCUGCGUUCAAACCUCAGUGCAGACCCGCUUGGUGGCAUCAAUCUGUUUGAAUGCAAAUUAGAUUUCAGAUGGAACUUGUUAUGGGAGGUAAUGAAGACUGAGUUCAGCAAACACUAAGGUGUUCGUUUCAAAUGUGCAAAUUGGCUGCUGCGGUUCAGGUUGUCAUGCCGUCUGGUCACAGCAGCCUAGGGUCAGCGCCAACAUGGAGCACGUCGCACGGUGGGGCAGCUUCAGCCAGGGUGUGGUCACUGCCACUCGUCCGCGGGAACCUGGCCACUUCCCUCUGCAGACCCUCUCCUGUCUCACCUGUUCAUCGAGGACCGUAGCUCUUGUUUUAGUUUGAGAGCCCUUUGGAGCUUAAUUUAUAUUCUUUGUACCUUUUUUUCUAAAAUUACCAAAGAUAUUACACAAAGGUAAAUUAUGUUCUCUGUUUUAUGCUUUAUCUGAUGAAGCCAAAUAUCCUCUUAUUGUUGAUCAAAGGAGGCGAAGGGAUUUAGAGGCAACCGAUGAGAUGUAGGCCAUUGCUCACCUGAGGACGAGAACGCGCCUUCAGACACGCAGACCAAGCAGGCGGUGGAACCAAAGUUGUUGCUUUUCUUAGUUGUUGGUUUCUUCUCUUCUGUGUCUCUACAGAGACCAACACUCAUUCUUAUAAAGAGAUACUGUGGGGCUGCUGAAGGCAAAAAUAGGACACAGUAUUAAGGGAGCAAACAAAAGAAGGGAGCCCCGUCUUAAGGAAAAGCAGCUGUGCCUGGAAACUUAGGGGUAUCCAACGAGGUAACAUUCAGAGAAUAGAAAGCUUCCCCGUGGAAGUAGACCACGUAAGACUCCUUCUAGAAAACAGUUUUUGAGAAGAAAGAUUGUGUGCCACUUUUAUUUAAGGGCUGUGCUGCGCUUGCCACGUUCAUUUGGGUUCAUCUUGGCAUGUGUCCUCGGUUUUACUUUGUUCUAAAAUUUCUUCUUUUUUCUCUGAUUAGGCUUUGGUUAGCAUUUCUCUUUUUUUUAAAAAAAAAAAAAAAAGUAACACUCCUGUCCACUCGUAAGCUUGGUACAAAAACUUCUUUGGCAGUUGACUUUGAAGCUUCUCUCGGCUUUCUGUGUUCGGCCGUCUGUGGUCGCUCGGCUGUGGAACCCCAGCAGCCCCGAGGUGUGCAGGCCUAGCCAGGCAGGGUCAGGGAAGGGCCCUGUGCUUCUAAACUGAGUGGUUGCUGGUUAGUUUGGUAUUCAAAAGAGGAUAAAAAUCUGGUAGAUUAGUUCAUUCUCAGCAUGUGUAGCUAGACAUGAGUAAAGAUAACAGCAUGAGAAACUGUUAGUACGCAUACCUCAGUUCAAACCUUUAGGGAAUGAUUAAAAAUUUAAAAAAAAAACAUUUCACUCAGUUGCACUUAGUCGUAUGUCUUGCAUGCUUAGUCUAAAGACUGUAGCAAAAGGAAAAAAAGAAAAAUUAGAUUCUACAUAUCUUUGCAGGUAUCGCAGCCUUGCGGAAGAACCAACUGAAAAAUUCUCAGGCUUACAGCAAGCAAACUUCACUAUGAUUUUUACAGUCCUGAUUCUGUAUCCCUUGGGGCUAUCCCAGUCACUUCUUUAGGGUGGGCUUUAUUAUGUUGUACAUAUAUCCCGAUGUGUCUGUGUGAUCCUUGUCAUUUUUGGGGGAGGGAGGAGGGCAGUUCUUUUUUUAGAUAUUGUUCCUAAAAAGGAAUAAAUGCAUACACCUGUUUGUCAAACACCUUUGCUUUUUGUGCAACUGCUUUAUAUUAAUGAUACUUUAAAAAAAAUAGCUUUGGGAAAAAAAAACUACUGUAUGUAAUGGAAUUGCAGAAUAUGCUGCACAUGUAUUUUAUUUAGUUAUCCUUGCUUUCAGAAUAUUGGAUGACAUUUCCUGACAUGUGGGAGAG